AUGGGCAAAUCAAACACUGUAAGAGCUUCGAAGAACUCAAACAAAGCAAAUAGCAAGAGAGCAGAAGACGAGAACGUUUUGAAUACCCUGGUUCCAGGCCCAAACACGGGAGAUAACGGUAACAACGAAAUUACUAGUCAACCUUUACCUGUUGAGUCUCCACACUCAGAGGAGGAAUUAUUGUUCGAAUCAGAAGUUGAUCCGGUUCCAGGCAACUCUGUUGAGAAACCAAACGACAUCGGAACGGUGAUUGAACCAAAGACUGUAACUCUCGCCGAGAAAAGAGCGCAGAUUUUGAGUCAAGCUUUGUCGGCCCAAGAUGCAGGUUUCCAGCUAGCAGCAAAUAUCUUGUUCAAAGCGUUGUCGGAGACCGGCACGGCUGCGUUAUCCGAGACCGGACCGCUUUUGAAUCGCUUGACUGAGAUCGUGUCGUCUGAUGUGACAUCAGUGACGCCAAUCGAUAACAUAGAAUCAACCGACCGCGAUGGAGAGAGAGCGUCGUCCAACCCUCCCCCGAGUAAUUCUGGAUCUGCUCCUGGCGCAUCUGGCUCAGGCGCUAAGAAGUAG